GUGACACAGAAGAAAGACAAAGGAAAAAAACGACCUCAAAUAGUUUCAGCCUUCUUAAUUAACUUCGUUAUCUAACGUGCAUCUGUACUGUAGUCCCUUUGUUUACAUCUCUGCAGAGUGCACGUUGCACCCUCCCAAUUGCUAGAGGGAGAAAUGGUGGGAUAACGUGCCCCACAGCUAACAGAUCGCUAUCCGGCGAGCUAGCUAGAUAACGGUCGCCAUGGGCGCGUUCUUUCGGAGCGAGGAGGUGUGUCUUGUGCAGCUCUUUCUCCAAUCGGGGUCAGCCUACAACUGCGUCAACGAGCUUGGAGAGCUGGGUCUGGUCGAAUUCAGAGACUUGAACCCCAAUGUCAACUCGUUCCAUAGGAAGUUUGUGAACGAGGUGCGGCGCUGUGAGGAGAUGGUGAAGUCCUUCACGUACCUGGAGCAGGAGAUCAGCCGGUCCCUGUUCCACCCGCUGGCGGGUCCUCUCCCCAUCCCCAGCCCUGUGCCCUCCGCUCCCCAGCCCAGAGAACUCAUGGCCAUCGAGGAGGAGAGCGAGAGGCUGGCCAGGGAGCUACGAGAGGUGUCCAGGAACAGAGACAGCCUGAUGAACCAGCUGAUCCAGCUCAGCCAAUUCAGAGGGGUUUUGAUCCAGACACAGUCCCUCACAGUCUCACAGGCUCCGCCUCCCUCUUCUCUGGAGACUGCUGCCUUACUGGACAACAGACAAGACAUCAGGCUGAGUUUUGUGUCUGGCGUGGUCCACCCAUGGAAGGUUCUGUCGUUUGAGCGGCUGCUAUGGCGAGCGUGCCGCGGUUACAUCAUUGUCGACUUCAGGGAGAUGGACGAGAGGCCGGAGAGUCCUGAAACGAUGGCCCAGUGGACAGUCUUCCUCAUCUCUUUCUGGGGCGAGCAGAUUGGACAGAAAGUCAAGAAGAUCUGUGAUUGUUUCCACACCCACACCUUUGACUACCCAGAGGGCACGACGGAGAGAGAGAAGAUUCUGCACGGGCUGCAGGGAAGGAUAGUAGACAUCAAAACGGUCCUCUCACAGACGGAACAUUACCUGCAGCAGUUGCUGUGUCGCUCGGUGGCCCUGCUGGCCCAGUGGAAGGUGCGGGUCCAGAAGUGUAAGGCCGUCCAGGCCAUGCUCAACCUCUGCAGCCCCUCCGUCACUGACAAGUGUCUGAUCGCUGAGGCCUGGUGUUUCGUCAGCAAGCUGCUACUGCUGCAGAGCUCCCUGAUAGAGGGAACGAGGAAGAACGACAGUGGUGUGGACUCAUUCUAUAACCGCCUCCCGGACCCAAGCACCCCUCCUCCCACCCUCUUCCACACCAACUCCUUCACAGCCGGCUUCCAGAGCAUCGUAGACGCAUACGGUGUUGCCAGAUACAGAGAGGUCAACCCAGCGGUGUACACCAUUAUCACCUUCCCCUUCCUGUUUGCGGUGAUGUUUGGGGACGUGGGCCACGGCCUCCUCAUGACCAUGGCCGCUCUCUGGAUGGUGCUGCAGGAGAGAGACCUCAAACUCAGGACCAACGACAACGAGGUACACACACCUUACCACUCUCCUCGUGGAUGGUACUACAGGAGAAAGACCAGAGGACUGGAGCUGAUGCUAGAGCCUGGAGAGCUGUCGGAGGUGCUAUGGGUGAUGGUGAUACGUAUCAGCCUGUCGUGGGAGGGCUACAUGGGAUCUGUAGUUCUAGCCGUCAUCUUUUCCUUCUUUGCCACACACCGUCUCCGUCCUGCUUGUCAUGGAGGGGCUGUCCACCUUCCUGCACGUGCUCAGAUUGCACUGGGUGGAGUUCCAGAAUAAGUUCUACAGUGGAACGGGAUACAAGCUCAACACUUUCUCCUUCUCCACCAACCUGAACCCUCUAUAGGACAUUGUUACAGAGGAAGUACUCUACCUACAUAGAUAUUUACCCAACAGAAGCAUGUAUAAAGUUGUUUUAUAUACCGCUUUCAAACACAAGACAUUAUGUUACAAAUUAAGUACUGACAGAUAUAGGGUGUCUGGAAUGGCAACCUAUCCCUUAUAUAGUGCACUACUUUUGACAAGAGCCCUAUGCACCCUGGUCAAAGGUAGUGCACUAUAUGGGGAAUAGGGUUCCAUUUCAGAUGCAUCCAUAGCCUAAUAAAAAUUGAUCAAACCAUAGCUUAUCUUGCAUAUGGUAUCAUAUUUGAAAAGGAGGGGAACUUGUGUAUAUAGUCAGCGUUUAGUUUUUGACUUGCAGUUUCUCUUUAAUGAUGAGCCUACAACAGAGAUGGCGACUGUAGGAGUGCACUACGUUUCCCAGGGACCACUGGGACACCGUUUUGUGCAUGGGAGCCUUCUAUGUUUUACCCACUUAUAAAUGAAUGCCAUUAAAUAAUGGUUUUUAUAAUCCCUAAA